UUCUCUCUAACCCUAAUUAAAAAUAUCUCUCUCCCUCUCCCUCUGUUAAUUCGUUUUGUUUACUUGUGUGGGUUUGGUUAUGGAGAAUGCUGGUGGUGGGGUGCCGUUUUACGAUUUAGGGCAAACAAGGGUUUACCCACUCUUCUCUGAUUUCCACCAUCUGUCGGCGGAGAGGUAUCCGGUAGGGUUCAUGGAUUUACUUGGUGUUCAUCAUCAUUUCCUCACCCAUACGCCGCCGAUGCACUUUCCCACGACUACACCUAACUCUUCCUCGAGCGACGCUGUGAAUGAUGAUCAUGAAAAGAAGAGAGAGAACGAGGAGGAAGAAGAAGAAGAAGAAGAUGGAGAACAACAGCAUAAGACAUAUAAGAGGGAUUAUAGGUUUAAGAUAACUAAGAGUACUAGUGAAAAGACGAAGUUGAAGGUGCCAAAAGUGUCAUUCAUCACGAAGAGUGAGGUUCUUAAUCUAGAUGAUGGUUACAAAUGGAGAAAAUACGGUCAAAAACCUGUCAGAAACAGCCCUUUUCCAAGGAAUUAUUACCGUUGCACAACAACUUGGUGUGACGUGAAGAAGAGAGUGGAGAGAUCAUUCAGUGAUCCAAGCAGUGUCAUCACCACUUACGAAGGCCAACACUCUCAUCCUCGUCCAUUACCCAAAGGAGACAGCCUUGGAUUCAAUGGCUCAGCUUCUAGAGCCCACUUUGGCCUCCCUACACUCCCUCCUCAGCUUUUAGAUUACAACAACCAUCAACAACAAGGGCAGUCUUCUUUUGGAGCUGAGUACAUUAUCAGGCAAGAAAAAGGAUCUGAUGAUGACGAUGAGGAUGAUCAUGAUUAUGCUCAUGUAGUGAAGAAGAGUCGAACUCAGGAUCUGCUGGAUGGAGCUGGUUCAGUCAAAGAACAUGGCCUUCUUCAAGAUGUUGUUUCCUCUCAUAUCAUUAAGGAAGAGUGUUAGUUAAUCGCUUAAUGAAGUAUCUAGCUAGCUAGCUAGGUUUAAUUUUUCUAAUUCUCGUAAAAACAAACCAUUUAGGGUAAUGUUCGACCUGUCCUACGUAUUUGAUCAUGAGAAGUAUUAUGGGUUUUUUUUUUUGUAUCAAA